CAAAUUCAGUAUUUCGCCGCUGGUCACCUGCGGUUAUACUGAUUGCAACUUCCCAAUUUUUUACAAAAAAGUCCAAUGAAAAUUAAAAAACAUCUUUUCGUACCUUUAAUGCAAUAAUAUGUGCAUUUUGAAGCAUGCCGAUUCAGGCUCCCUCAUGGACAGAUUUUCUGAACUGUCCCAUCUGCUGCAAUGAAUUCGCGGCAAGCCAGCGAUGCCCGGUCAGUCUGGGCUGCGGGCACACCAUCUGCAAGCUAUGCCUGACGACUUUGUACAACCGGCAGUGUCCUUUCGAUCAGACCGUGAUUGUCAGCGAGAUCGACAAUCUGCCCAUUAACCAUGCUCUGCUCCAGCUGGUCAAGGAUUCGGAGCUCCUGGAGCUGGGACCACCACCGCCCAGCGUCCAGAAACUGGAACCGGAGCACCUCAAGUGCUACCAAUUGGGACAGCGGUGCAUCGAGGAGCUGGCCUUGCACCUGAAGUCCUUCCUCAACCUGAACGGAAACGGCAACCUCCUAACACGACCCAUGCAACGAAAACUGGUUACCCUGGUCAACUGCCAGCUGAUGGAGGAGGAGGGUCGAGUGAGGGCACUCCGGGCAGCCCGGUCCCUGGGCGAACGCACAGUCACCGAGCUGAUUCUGCAGCACCAGAAUCCGCAGCAGCUGAGCUCAAAUCUUUGGGCGGCCGUGCGGACGAGAGGAUGCCAGUUUUUGGGACCUGCCAUGCAGGAGGAGGUGCUCAAGCUGGUGCUCCUGGCCCUGGAAGAGGGAUCCGCCCUCUCGCGGAAAGUGCUCGUCAUGUUUGUGGUGCAACGAUUGGAACCGCAGUUUCCGCAGGCCUCCAAAACGAGUAUCGGUCAUGUUGUCCAGCUGCUCUACCGCGCCAGCUGCUUUAAGGUAUCGAAGCGUGAAGCGGACUCAUCGCUGAUGCAGCUCAAGGAGGAGUUUCGCACCUAUGACGCCCUGAGACGCGAGCACGAUGCCCAAAUCGUUCAGAUAGCCACCGAGGCGGGGCUGCGAAUCGCCCCAGAACAAUGGUCUUCCUUGCUGUACGGCGACGUGAUGCACAAGAGCCACAUGCAGAGCAUCAUCGACAAGCUGCAGACGCCCAGCUCGUUUGCCCAGUCGGUCCAGGAGCUGGUCAUCGCUCUGCAGCGGACUAGUGAUCCGGCCAAACUGGCCAGCCUGCAUCAUCACCUCAAGUACCUGGCCAACAUCGAUCCGUGUGCGGAGGUGGCUCCCUGGCCGGACUUGGCCGAAGCCCUGGAUGCAGUGCGUCACUCGGUUGUGGGACUAGUGAACUUCCUGCAGCAUCAUGGCGUGAGAAAGGCGCAGGACGGCAUCAGUGGCGGCGGCAGUGGUGGAACGGCCAACAGCAAUCCCAAGUACAAGAUCAGCCUGUGCAGGGAUUUAAAUGUGCGCAGGGUGUGCCCCAGAGGUGCCAGCUGUACCUUUGCCCACUCCCAGGAGGAGGUGGAGCGCUAUCGGGCACGAAAUCGCGGCAAACAUAUGAAGACACCACUGGCGCUGCAAGGACCACCGGCCAUGGUGGGCGGAGCCAUCAAGAAGCCGCUGGGAGAACCGGAUGGACCGGCAUUGGGUGUGCCGCCCAUGCUACCCAUGUCGCCCAUGCACUUUAUGGGUUCACCGCGUGGUUAUCUGGAGCCCAGUUUGGGUCUGUCGCCAGGCGGUGGAUUGCCACCGCAGCAGCCGCCACCGCCGUUGCUCCACCCAUCGCACCACAGUCCCAUUGCCCGACUCAUAGUACCCGGUCGCUACGAUCCUCGAUUUAGCGGCUACGGCGUUGGCCAGCCAAGAAAUCCCGCGCCCAGGGACUACCAAACGAAUCCGGGAGCGCCACCACAACGCAAUGCCAACCCACCGAACUUCAAUGUGAACAGCAACCUGCACAAGGGCUACAUGCUGCCCGGCGGUGGCAGUGGUGGGGAUGUCUUUCAUCUGGGCAAUCCCUGGGACCAUGCCUACCUGGCUCAACAGCAGCAGCAGCAACAGCAGCCACAACAGCUUCCUCCACAGCAUCCCCCACAGCAGCAGCCACCGUCCAGCAAGCCGAGUCCCAGUCGACCGUUGUCGAUUUUAGCCGCAACAGCUGAUACCUCAUUUUAUGAAAAGAAACCGCCGAAUAGUGUUAACUUAGAGCUGGACAGAGCCCCCGUGGAUGCCGUGGAUGUGGAUGCACUGCCUCUGUUCCGGCGAUCCAACAACAACAACAACAACAAUAGCAACUCCCACAACUCCCAUAACAACAAUAACAAUCAUAGCUCAUCGCUGCUGUUCUGGAAUAACACGGGUAAAGAGUCGGCGAACUUUGUGCGUUCGGAUUCCAUAUUGGAUGACGACGCGUCCACAUUCGAGGUGCCCACCGGCUCCUCCAUGUUAAGUCGGUACGGACCAAUUUGUCCCAAGAGCAGCACGAGCAGCAACUGGAACAACUGGCUGGAGAACGACAGUGAUCUGGGUUAUGGGGGCUACAAGAGCGACAGGAACGAUAACUUCAAUGCCAAUAAGGUGAGUGAGCAGCAGCAGCCAAUUUGGGGCAGGAAACCGCAACUGAUGUCGGAGGACAGCUUCGAGGGCGGCAUCGACAGUGGGAUGAUGCUGCAGCUGGAGAAGAACCUGGUGGACAUUGUCGAUCCCGAUGACAGUGGGAUCAAGGUGGACUAGAAGCUGGUUCAACCAUCGGCUCACUUAGCCACAGGAUAUUUCUAUAUAGGUGUUUAUAUAGAUGGAAUGGGCGGGAAUGAGAAAUAUGUAUAAUGCAAUCAUUUUACACAUCGUUAGAGGUUUGUACCGCACAGUUCAAACUUUGGUAGAAUUUCAAAUGUAAUUGUAGUUAAAAACUGAUCCGAACGAUCCGUUAUUGGAUCGCAGCCAAAACAAAACAUCAACUGGGUUGGGUACCGUCUAUUAGAAUCUAUUAAAUAAUUGUCUAAUUAGUUCAUUGUUCAAAUUUUUGUGAAAAUGUGUUUAACCAUGUUCGUGUUAUGUUUCAAAUUCGGGGAUUGUGUCUAGCAAAUGAAAAACAAAAAGCAAACAAAAACAAACUCAACUUAGAUCGUAAGACUUUGUGUCUAGCCUAGAUUUCAGCUCAGACUCGUAGAUCUGGUUAACAAAAAACAAGGAAUCCCUAUAAUGGUGGUCUGAAGAUGAAGUAUGCAAACGCUUGUUGAGAUCAGGCAACAUCCGGAUUUGUAUAGCUGCAAAGAUUUUAAAGCAAUUCUCUCAGAAGAAAUAGAAACUGUGCACUAAUUAACUGAAUCAUGAUCACAAGACUUCCAGAUCUAAGUGAAACCCAAUUUCUUAUCCAAAAUAGUGUGUUUUUGUCAUCCCCCCCCUGAUUAUUUGUGAUCAAAUUUUGAUUGAUUGUGUAACGCUGUAAACAUAGAUAUAAACAUAUAUAUUUUUUUUAAUUAAUAUCUAUAUUUCAAAACGCUAUUUUUAUAUAUACAAAAAUGAGUAGGGCUGAAGGAAGGACCUGAAAAUCCUUUCGCUCUCAAACACACAAUCACACACAUACACUAACACGCAUACACACUGAGGCACAGGACACGAACGAUCAUUUGUAUGUGUGUGAAAUGAAUGUUUAUAUUUCUUAAAGAAAUUUUAAUAACGCUAUUGUGCGAUGUUGUUAACUAUUGUACUAUAUAUUAUUAAAUUUAUUGAAAAUAAAUUAAAAUCACGUCCCUUCUCCCUUUUUGUAAACUGUGAGAAAAGUAAAGUACAGCAAAAAGUGACUAAAUGAAAAAGUUAAAUGUCAGUCAGGGCUUUGAGAACAUUUACACAUACCUAAACUCUAUGCAAAUAUAAAUUUAUAUUUAUAUCUAGAAACUAACCAAUUUGUGCGCUCUAUUAUUAAUAUUAUAUAUUAAUGUCAGUUGAGCCCGCGAUUUGCUUUCAAGACUUUGUACAUCAUUUUGAUUUGAAGCAGAAAUGAAAGAUUUUGUAACUUGUAUUUGUUAAGCGAUGAAAUCAGGAACCUUACUAUAUAUAUAACUGCGCUUGAUCAUAGAAGAAUAUAACAUAUAAAUCUUUACAAAUAUAUUUAUUGUUAACGAGUUUCGAUGCCGUGUGUGUAGUAGAUCAAUGUAAAAAUAUAUUCCCCCAACCCGGGGAAUAUGUGUUCAGUUGUGAGCUAGUUAAAAUUGAUCGAAGCAAUUUUAUAACAAAACAAAAAACAUACAUUUAAAUGUAUUUUCCUAUAACUCAGAAACUAAAGCAUUCAAUGUAUAGAAGCGAAACAAGGAGGUAAUAAGGAUUUCUCCAAUCUAUUUGUCUCCUGUAAAAUGUGAAAAUAUAGAAGAAGGUUGGACGGAGACACGUAUAACUGCGUACUUAAGUUUCCGAUCAGAUCCCGAUAUAGAAACAGAUCCAGAUUUAGCGUUCUCCGGCCGACCUUUGGCUGUGGUGAAGUUUUUUUUAGCUUAAACCCAAUGGGUUCAGUUCAUAAUAAUAACGUAUUUGUUGAGUUGAGUUUUGUAACUUUAUAAUUUACAAUCAGUCCAGCAACCCGCCAAAAUCCCCCCCAAACUCCAAAACUUCAAAACUGACCGAGGCUCUUUUUUAUACAGAUCGUGCCGAGCAAUUCACACAAACACACAGACAUUUUCUAUUUACACACACUUAUUUAAUGCAUAUAUAUAUUUAUACAUAUGUUAAUUAAAUGUAUUUUUGGUAUUAUCACUCAAUGUUUCUACCCUAAGCAAAUUUCGAGUUCUGUUAAUCAAAGUGGAAAAAAGCAAGCAAAAAAAAAAAAUUAUUUAUUUUAUUUACCAAUAAAUUUUCACAAAACUUUUA